GCACCAUCAAAGCCAUUCCUCCCAAUCUCAAUACUUCCCAUCAGUACUGCUAACUCUCAAGACCAGAAGUUCAUUCCAUCAUCAUCUACUCACUCCCUCCUUUGGUCCAUUCACCUUUCAUCAUCGCCAUAAUCGUCAUCACCGAAGGAAAAGGAAGCAAGUCGUAGCUACUGACUUGAUACCUUCCAUUCUCUCUGGACCAGUAGCUUCGGCGGCGAAAGAGCGGGGUGAUCAAUCGACGAUCCAAACAAGGAACUGAGGUCCUAAGGCUUCCUACCUAGGCCUAGACUCGUAUCGAAGGAGCUGCAGGAAACCAGGAGCACCCAGAUCAAUCGCAGGAACAUAGCUGCUGCCCAAGAUGUCAUCACAAGGAAGCCAAAGUGUUGGUAACCCCCAAGCCAGGCCACCUGCUCAACGUCCCGUUCCUAAUUAUGCUGCACUGAGGAAGAUGGGUGUGGUUGACUUCGAAGGAUCCUCCAAUCCUGAAGUGGUGGACGCAUGGCUGGUGAAGCUCACUCGCACCCUUGAUGAGCUGCGUAUCGAUAACCAUGAGGAUCGGAUCGCCAUGGCAGUGCACGUACUGCAGGGUACAGCAAGGGACUGGUGGCACACCCAACCGGAAAGUGAAGAGGAGCUGCAGGAAACCAGGAGCACCCAGAUCAAUCGCAGGAACAUAGCUGCUGCCCAAGAUGUCCUCACAAGGGUUAGUGGCCCGAAGAGCUUCCAGCGGAACUUGUUUAAGUUUAUGCAUUGUUGGUGGACUUGAGACUUAAUGAGGAUUAUGUUUGAAUACUAUUUUAAGAUGGAUUUUUCCUUGUAUUUUGGAAUGAUGUUUAUGGGACUUUUAUGCAUUUAUUAUUCGACUAAUAACAAGGG